UCGCAAGCUUUGAAAUACUCGACAUCGGAAAAAUUACAGUCAAUUGAAUUACAUUUUUUGUAAAAGAAUUGAAUGAAAACGAUACAAAAUUUUUUAGUAAUUUUUUAGUGGUUUGGUUCUUUAAAAUAUAUUUUAAAAUUGUACUCAAAUCAUGAGUCGCUGUAUGCGACCGGGCCCUAUCACUAGCAAUGGUUACUUAAAUUUUCUGCGCGAAUUCAGAAAGAAAUGCUGUGGUAUGUCGGCAGUGGAGACAGUGCGACAAGGGGCGAAGGCUUGGAAUCGACUCUCCUGCUCACAGAAAGCCAAAUAUCGGAAAAUGGCUUGCAGAAGACCUCGGCGCAAGAGGCGUCGCAGCUGUCGUCCUAAGCGCAGACGCCGCUCAUGUCGGCCCAAACGACGAAAGCGCCGUAGUUGUCGGCCGAAGAGACGUAAACGUUCUGGCUGCCGCAGACGACCAAAGCGUCGUCGUAGUUGUCGUCGUCGAUCGCGACCACGCAGACGUAGAUGUGGUAGAAGACGCAAACGUUGCAUGAAACCUGGUCCAGUGACAGCGAAUGCUUAUUUGAAUUUCUUACGCGCCUACAGACGUAGACAUUGUGGACUCAGCCCUCAGGAGACGGUGCAAAAGGGUGCACGCAGAUGGUGUAAAUUGUCGCCGGAAUGUAAACGGCGUUACAUGCGACAGGCUUGUAAAAUGUCGAAGAGCAAGCGUAAGAAGAGGAGCGCCAUUUGCCGCUCGAUGCGAAAGAAGAGGCGGUGUUAAAAUUGAAUGUCUGUGUAAUAAAUUGUUAAUGUGGAACUAUUCUAUUUUCUAAAUAAAAAUGUGUAAAUUUAUAGUGUGUAGAAUACAGAUAA